AUAUAUGCUUCUGAAAGCUGUGAUGGACUUUUUUGCAUCCAUUCCGUCAGAACACUAGCCAUAUAUGUAGUUAAUCCGGCCACACGGUGGCUCCGACAGCUUCCUCCGGCUAGGUUUCAGACUUCGAUGCUCAAAUUGAACCCCACUCCAGAAACUUGGACUUUCGUAAAAUCAGUCUGUUAUAUAGCUUUCGUUAAGGCCAUUGAUUACAAAUUGGUGUGGAUGUAUAAUUCAGAUGCCUCGAGUCCAAACGAGGAACUUACCACAUGCGAGGUUUUUGAUUUUAGGGCAAACACUUGGCGGUACUUGACUUGCACUCCAAGUUAUCGGUUAUUCUGUGACCAAGCGCCAACAUCUGCAAACGGGUCUAUUUAUUGGUUCACGGAACCAUACUAUGGCGAAAUCAAAGUAGUAGCUCUCGAUAUUCACACCGAAAAGUUUCGGGUGCUACCUAAGAUUAACCCGGCUAUUGCUAGUUCAGAUCCUAACCUUAUCGACAUGUGCACUUUGGAUAAUAAUUUGUGCAUGUCGAAAAGAGGAGGAGAUACGAUGAUCCAACAUAUUUGGAGGUUAAAAUCAACGGAAGACUCAUGGGAGAAGAUUUAUACCAUAGAUUUGCUUUCUUGUUCUUCUUCUUUAUCUGAGUUCCGCGAUGGAUUUAAUUGGACGCAAAAGGAUUUGGUUGAACCGUCCACACCAGUGGCGAUAUGCAAAAACAAGAAGAUCUUGCUCUCGCAUCGCUAUGCCCGCAAUCUAAUCAAAUACGAUCCCCAAGCAAAAUCUCUUUGUUUAUUUUUCCAACGUCCUCUGUGUAGAAGAUAUGUUUCUUAUUUUCAGAGGUUGAUCACUCAUGUGUAA